AUGGCUAAGGAGACGACACCGUUACGCGGCGAGCAAUUCGUCUCAGACGCGCAGAAGCGCAAGCGCAUCAUUGGUAUCACCGGCGCCGUCGUCGUGAUCGCAUCCAUCAUCAUCGUGCUGUGGCUCACGCUCAGCGGCCACAGCACCAAAUCCACUGUAGUGACGGUAAAGACGACUAACGAGCCCACUCCCGCUGUACGAACGGAGACUUCCACUGCACCACUAGUUGAGGUUCCAAUUAACGCCCCAGUUGAAUUCAAGGCGGCCUCUGAGCAACUCCUUGCUGAGUCUACUGUCCCUGUCAACCAAUAG